UUCUCAGUGCAUUUCAUAUACUCUUGCUCCAUCUACUGUUUGAAGCUUCUGCCCCAAGCUUGCAUUGUUUGUAGGAGAACCUGCGUCAUACCUUUAUCUGUAGCCUUCCCUUAGGUAUUAAGAAUCCUGAAACCUUUCUUCGGACAUUGGAUUUGGUGGAACAGCAACCAUGACUGUGGGAAAGAGCAGCAAGAUGCUGCAACACAUUGACUAUAGAAUGCGAUGUAUCCUGCAAGAUGGCCGAAUCUUCAUUGGCACCUUUAAGGCUUUUGACAAGCAUAUGAACUUGAUCCUCUGUGAUUGUGAUGAAUUCAGAAAGAUCAAGCCAAAGAAUGCGAAGCAGCCAGAACGUGAAGAAAAGCGGGUUUUGGGUCUGGUGUUACUACGUGGGGAGAACUUGGUCUCCAUGACAGUGGAAGGACCACCCCCGAAAGAUACUGGCAUUGCUCGGGUACCUCUUGCUGGAGCUGCAGGGGGUCCUGGGGUUGGCAGGGCAGCUGGCAGAGGAGUGCCAGCUGGUGUUCCAAUUCCCCAGGCUCCUGCUGGAUUAGCAGGCCCUGUCCGAGGGGUUGGGGGGCCAUCCCAACAGGUAAUGACUCCACAGGGAAGAGGCACUGUAGCAGCAGCUGCAGUUGCUGCUACUGCCAGCAUUGCUGGAGCCCCAACUCAGUACCCACCAGGACGGGGGACCCCACCCACUCCUGUGGGCCGAGCAACACCACCUCCAGGCAUUAUGGCUCCUCCACCUGGUAUGAGACCACCCAUGGGCCCACCAAUUGGGCUUCCCCCUGCUCGAGGGACGCCAAUAGGCAUGCCCCCUCCAGGAAUGAGACCCCCACCACCAGGAAUUAGAGGUCCACCUCCCCCCGGAAUGCGUCCACCAAGACCCUAGGAUACUAUUGAUCCUUCUUAAGUCACUUUUUUCCCUGCAAUGUCUCUUGUGAAACUGUGUAGAGUGUUUGUGAGCUUUUGUUCCCUCUUUGCUGCAUUAAUAUUAGCUAAUAAAAUGCACAGAGCAAUUAAACUGCAA